GUGAGAGCAGGAUGAGGACCUGACAAGGCUUGGAGAUACCCCUCACACACACUCCCCGAAGGAUGAGUGACAGCCGUGGCCUCGUGGGCCAGCUCCUCCGGCAGGGGCCCGUGUGCAGUGGCUGGAAGCAGGAUGUGGAAGGGGCUGUCUACCACCUGGCCAACUGCAUCUUGCUUCUGGGUUUCAUGGGGGGCAGCGGGGUGUCUGGCUGCUUCUAUGUCUUUGGCUUCCUGGGCACAGGCUACCUGUGCUGUGUCUUGUGGGGCUGGUUAGACGCCUGUGGCCUGGACAUCGUCCUCUGGAGCUUCCUGCUGGCCGGGGCCUGCCUGUUCCAACUGGUCUACCUCAUCUGUGGCCUGCGCAAGAACAGGCUCUCUGAUGAGUUCGAUCGCCUCUACAGGACUCUGUACCUGCCCCUGCAGGUGCCCCUGCAGGCCUACAGGGAGAUUGUUUACUGCUGCAAGGAGCAGGUCCUGACUCUGGCUGCUGGGCAGACGUAUGCCAUGGAGGGCGAGACGCCCAUUGACCGCCUGUCCCUGCUGCUCUCGGGCCGGGUCCGUGUGAGCCAGGACGGGCAGUUUCUGCAUUACAUCUUUCCUUACCAGUUCAUGGACUCUCCCGAGUGGGAAUCACUGCAGCCCUCUGAGGAGGGGAUGUUCCAGGUCACCCUGACUGCUGAGACCGAGUGUAGCUACAUCUCCUGGCCCCGAAAAAGCCUCUAUGUUCUCCUGAGGAAAGAUCGGUAUAUCUCCCGCCUCUUUGCGGCCCUGCUGGGCUAUGACAUCUCGGAGAAGCUCUACGCCGUCAACCACAAGGUCUUUGCUAAAUUUGCGAUGCACUUUGACAUUCGGCUGCCCAGUCUCUACCGCGUCCUGGGCCCCGCAGCCCCAGACACAGGGCCGGAGCCCGAGCCCGAGAAGGAAAACGAAGGACCCCAGGAGCCCGACAGGGUCCCUUCUCCAGCUGUGCUCACCUCUGCCCAGGAAAACACCCCCAGAGUGCCCCCUCCCGCCGCCACUGUCUCCCCAACACCUCGUUCCCCAGUGUGGGUCCCCAGGCCCAGGAGUGGCAUUCUGAGCGAUGACUCUACCAGCCUGGUGCUGGAGGAUUUUGCAGAGGUGUCCGAGUCGGAGUCGUUCAUGGACUACCGCAGCGAUGGGGAGUACAUGAGGUGAAGGGAGCCGACCUGGGGCCCAGCUUCUAGAAUUCCUCUCCAGAACUCCUUUCAAGUUAUGACAAGUCCCCGUGGCUCCAGCCCACACUCAUGGACUCUGGGGCUCAAUGCUUUGUCUUUUCUCUGGUCACAUUAAUAUUCAAAGAAAUGUCAUGGUCUGCACAACCGGCUUCUCCACAGAAAGGCUCCCAGUUCAGGAGCAUACAUAGAACGUUCCAGAACUGCAGCUAUUCCUUGGAUGCCAGGUGGCUUUUAGAAAGUCUCCUCACCAACCUCCCUUCCAGCAGAAGGCCUCCAAAAGUACAAAAACACAGAUUCUGUCUUCUAUAAAUUGCAGAAUCUUGGGCAAGUUACAUAGCCUCUCUGAGUCUCAACUGUAAAGUGGGGAUUAAGGGGAAAAAAUCCCCCUCACAGGGCACUUGGGAGGAUUAAAUGAGCUGCUGUAGGUAAAGCACCUGGGACAUGGCAUGGCACUGAGUUAAUGCUCAGUAAACCAUCUGGGUCUUCCACCUAUCUCGUUUCUUUGAACUGUCUGAAAGGAUCCAUGAAGUCAGCAAUACAAGAUAUUUUCACUGUGUUUCCUUAAAUAAUUAUGAUUAAGAUUCAAUCAAUGGCUGUAGAAAUGGGAAAAAUAGAGCUUUCCCCAAAGUUACUAAGUUCACCUUAUAAAUCUCUUGUUCUACUUAUAACUCUAGUUGUGAAAAAUAGUUUUUAGAGGGAUCUUCACAAACUAAUUACAUGUUGUUGAGUAUUGUCAGGAGGUAUAGAAAGCACACACUCUGUUUUCCUUCCUCCCUAAAUACAGCAAGACUUAUUCCAGCUGUCUAUUGCUGUGUAACAUUUAUCCUGAUGAAUAGCUACAAAAACUAAUUUUGCUCAGGAGAAGAAGCCUGGAGUGACCCAGCGAGGUUGUUUUCACUCAAGGUUUCUUUUGCUUUUGCCCUUCAGUUAGUGGCUACGACCAGUGUAAUGCCAAAGGGUUUCCAGGUCUGGUCUGGUAAGAUUCCAAGUGUCUGGGAACUGGCCAAGCUGGGGAGCUGUGGGCAGCUCUUUUUCUCUUUCAGAAUUUUGUCCAUUUUCCAUUGCUGUACAAUACUGUACUAUUAUAUUACAGGUAAUCCAUUCUACUAUUGAUGGUUAUAUGGGUAGUAUCUAGCUUGGGGCAAUUAGGAAUUUUACUCUGAGGAGCAUUCUUGAACCUAUCUUUUGGUACACAUAUGUAUAUAUUUCUUGAGUAUGUAUCUGGACUGAAAUUGCACGGGCAUUGGGUCUGUUUAUAUUUUACCAAAGCAAAUUUAGUCAAACAAUUUUGCAAAGUUAUUUUGACAAUAGAGAUUCCUUUUGGCAGUGCUAUGUUACUUCUCGUCUUCCCCGUUGUUAACAUUGUCAUUUUUUCCUUUCUUUUUCAUUUUACUACAUCAUUUUGGUUUUAAUUUCCAUUUCCCUGAUGAAUAAUAAGGUUGAGUACCUUUUCAUGUCUGUAUUAGCCGUUGAUUUCCCAUAUUAUGAAGAUCCUGUUCUAGUCCUUGUCUGUUGUUCUCUUCAUUUUGUGCAUGUUGACUUAAAGGAUUCAAGUUUAAAGUCCUGGGCUGGAGAGGCAGAAUUCAACUGGCUGAGUGCGACCUGUGCAUGCAGGAGACUUCGUGUUUGUUUCCCAACACUGCAUGGUUCCCCACUUCUGGGAGUGACCCCUAAGCGCAGAGUUAGGAGUAGCACCCAAGCACUGUCAGUGUGACCCCCCCAUACCAGAUAAAAUAAAGUCUUUUGUUGUUUAUUAUAGUCAAUCAUAUUUUCCUGUGGCUCUUUAUUUUUUCUAAAUGGUAUUUUUCAACAACAUAAUUUUUUGAAAAAAAAAUUUAUUUCUAAUAAACACCACAACUUACAAAUAACACAAACUCUUAAUUUCAAUUUUGUGAUUUAUCAGUCUCUUCCUUUAUUAUUAGUGCCAGAGAGUAUCUCGCCCACACGGCAAUGCCUGGCAAGCUCCCCAUGAUGUAUUUGAUAUGCCAAAAACAGUAACAACAAGUCUCACAAUUUGUUGUGAGAUGUUACUGGUGCCUGCUCAAGCAAAUCGAUGACUAACAGGAGGACAGUGCAGUGCUACAGUGUGUCAUAUUUAAGAAAUUUGGGUGAAUAGAUGCAGCAUCUCUCUGUCAUCCCGUUGACCAUCAGGAUUAAUCUGGUUGAUCUAGCUGGCUAGACUGAUGACUCCUCCCUCCCUUCCUCACUCUUUCUGUGCAUGCUUUUUGACUAGGAUGUGCACUGGGGAAGAGAACUGCCUUCCCAAUAGAUGUGGGCCAUUCUUGAGUUGAGGGUAUAUGAGUAGCUAUGCUCCCCUGUUAGAAACUUGAAAUAAGUUCUCUAGAAAUCUUUCUUUUCUGAAGAUGUGCCUCCAUGUUUCCUAAUAGACAUUUUGCUAUUGUUGAUUUUCUCUGGUUUGCUAGUUAUUUACGAUUAAUCUGGAUUUGAUUUUGCAUAUAGAAUGAAGUAAGGGUAAAGUUUGUUGCUUUCCAGUGGAAUUCCAAUAGUUUAACCACUGCUGACUGAAGUGAUGAUAGUAUCCACACUGAUAUUCAGUGUUGCCUUGGUCAUAAAUCAAACACCCACAUCUGUUUUUGGAUCUUCUGCUCUGUCCCACUGAUCUCUUUUGCAUUGUUUGCAGACAGUAUCACCUGGUUGUAAUUAUUGUAGCUGGAUAUGUUUGAUAUCUGGUGGUCUUUAAACUUCAUUCUUCUUCAAGCCUUGGUUUUCCUUAGGCCUUCACUUUAUAUUUUAGGGUAAAUAUUAGAAUAAGCUUGUUAAGUCCAUAAAAAUUCAAUUUGCUGGACUUACAUUAGAACUAUAUUUACGCUGUAGAUCAUGUUGAUAAAUAAUUAAUAUAUUGAGUGGGAGAGACAGACAGGAGGUGAGGCCUUGCCUGUGGCUAUGGUAGCUGCAGUCCUGGUUCAAAUCCCUGGCACCACGUCUGGUCCCUGGAGCAUCACAAGGAGUCACUCUUGGGCACAGAGGUAGGAAUAGCUUUUGAGCACCACCAUUCAUGGCCCCCAAAUCCUAAUACCCCCCACAAAUAGAAAUAAUUUAUAUUUUAUAUUACCUUAUAUCAUGAGUUUUCAAUCCACAAACUCAGCAUGGUACUUUAAAUUUUUAAUAAUUUUAAUUUUUUUAUUUUGGGGGCUUUUGGGGGUCAUACCCGAGAGUGAGCUGUGAGCUCACCCCUUCCCGUCCUUUGGGUGUGUUGUCACAGUGAAUACAUACAGUUGCUUCUGGGGCUCAUGAAGUGGCACAUCAGCCCCUGCUCAGGGCUUACUCCUGACUCUGCACUCAAUAAUCACUCCUGAUAGUGCUCAGGGGACCAUAUGGAAUACCAGGGAUGGAACCUGGGUCUGCCACAUUGCAAGGCAAACACCCUACCCACUGUACUAUCACUCCAGCCAAGCAUGGUACUUUAUUAAAACUUUUACAAGUAUUUCAGGAAAAAAAAUGUAUUGAAGUAAUAUUAACCUUACAGGCUGUUGUUUUGGGGGUACAAUUUUAGGGGGAUUUUGGUCAUACCUGGCAAUGCUAAUGACUCACUCCUGGCUCUGUGCUCUGAGAUCGCUCAUGGUGGGGCGCAGGUGUUGGGAAUCAGGUGUUGGAAUCAGGUGUUGAUCAGAGCUCUGUGCGCUGAGAUCGCUCAUGGUGGGGCUCAGGUGUUGGGAAUCAAAUCCUCUUUUAGCACCCCUUACCUGGUGUCCAGUCACUUCAGCCCCAGUGGUGAAAGGUUGUUCUUCUUCAAAAUAUGUAUUGCCAUACCACAUCCACGACCAAAGUGCUAAUCAUAUCCUUCCACCACAGACCACUGGACCCUACGUCCCUCACCUGCCCUGGGAACCUCAGUUCUCUGAUUACAGUCCCAGGCUUUACUUAGCUUAGAUUUGUCCUUCCCUUGCUUGCGUCUCUAUAUUCCACAUACAGGUGAGCUCCUCUGCUGUCUCGCUUUCUCCUUCUGACCUUUUUAUUUAGCACAAUUCCCCUCCAGUUUCAGCAUUUGGUUUUUUUAUUCUUCCUAAGCACCGUUUUGUAGUUUUCCAUGGGGAUGUUCUUGCACAACUUUAGUAAGCUUAUUUCUGGGUAGAUGAUAAAGUGGAUGCUAUUGUAAAUGCUGUUUAAUAUUUUUUUACUUUCUAUUUUUUAUUCCUCAUACAUAGAAAUAAGAUUGAUUUUUGUAUUUUCAACUUCCACCCAGUAGUCCUGUAAAUGCAGAUAUACAUUCUUAUUGGUAAUCCAGAAUCUUUAGUAUUUUUCAUAAGUUUGAUUAUGUUAUCUGUAAAUCAUGAAAGUUUUAUUUUUUCCGUUCUACUGAUACCUUUUUUUCCUUCUUCUGAUGUCUUGUUGCACUGAGCAGACCCACCAAUAUAGGAUAAAUAGAAGGGAUGAUGAAGAUAUCUUUCUUGUGUACUUCAAGAAAAAAUGUUCAGUAUUUUACUAUUAAAUAUGAUAUGUGCUACUAGAUUUUUAUAACACUCCCAUCAUUAAAGAAUAUUUAUGCUUAAUUUACUAGUUUUUAAAAAAUCAUAAAUAUAUCACUUCAUCAAAUUAUUUGUCUCCAUUUACUAAGAUUAUUUUUUGCCUUUAUUCUGUUAAUGAACUACACUAAUAGAUAUGUGAAUGUUAAAAUAAAUUGCACUCUUGGAAUAAAUACAAUUUUAUGAUGUUAUCUUUUUCUCUUUAUGGAUUUCUGAACUUACUUGGUGGACCUUUUGUUUAGGAUGCAAUAAACAUUUUUAUUACACAUC